AUGAGCUUGCGUAAAUGGACAUCGAAUUCUCCAGCAAUUACAGCCCACAUACCAGCAGAGCUACGCGAUGAACGAACUACAUUUUCACUGGACUCGUCUUCCGCUCCAAUCAAAACAUUGGGGCUCCAAUGGCAACCGGUGGACGACGUGUUUCGAUACUCUGCUCCCAAAUGGUCUAAUGAAGGGCCAAUUUCUCGACGAAUCGUUCUAUCGGAUACGGCUCGUCUCUACGAUCCUCUCGGUCUUGUCGGCCCGGUUGUGGUGCUCGCUAAACUUUUCGUUCAGGCUCUCUGGCGAGCUAUGAGGAAUUGGGACGACCCGUUAAACGAAGCCGGACAACAUCACUGGUUGCAGUUCCGUAACAGUUUAGAUGGGCUAUCGGCGAUUAGCAUUCCUAGAUGGGCGAUGCCUGCUUCAGUUCUCGUGUCCACUGAAGUGCAUGGUUUCUGCGAUGCCUCGGAGAAGGCGUAUGGAGCCUGCAUCUAUAUACGCACAGUUUCGACAGACGGAAUGAUCGCCGUUCGAUUGCUGGCUGCCAAAUCCAAGGUGGCCCCUAUCGGCGAUUCCAAAAGGCAGAAGCGCAUCUGUUUACCACGUCUUGAGCUCUCAUCAGCCCUUCUCCUGAGCCAUUUGUACAACAAGGUUCAAACAAGUACAGCGUUGAAAGUCAAGACCAUUUUUUGGACAGAUUCGAUGAUCACCCCCACUGGCUUCGUUCUACUCCAUCACGGUGGAAAACUUUCAUCGCAAAUCGAGUCUCCGAGAGAGAACAGUAUCACUGCCGGUACAAACGAAAUCUUCACGAUUCGAUCGUCAUUUCCGGCACUCGUUCGUAUCGUUGCUCUGCUUCGUCGCUUCAGUCACAACAGCAAGCCAAGUAACCGCACAGAUCGACGGUCAGGUUUUCUUCAAACGUUGGAGCUCAUUGAAGCUUCCAACAACCUUGUUCGACUAGCACAAAACGAAGUUUUCGCUAAAGACAUCGCUGCAGUAGCUACACACGGUCAAGUUGAAACGAACUCGAAACUACGGAACCUCGCCCCGAUUCUCGUUGAUGGGAUUCUACGACUUCAAGGCCGCCUGAGACAUGCGGCUAUCUCCAACGACAGGAAACAUCCAAUUAUUCUGCCAGCUCGACACCCUCUAACGAUUUCGAUUGUUUCGUACUACCAUCUGAAGAACCUGCAUGCUGGACCUCAACUUCUUGCGGCAUGCGUCCGGGAAAAAUUUUGGCCUCCUCGACUUCAGGAUUUGGCACGAAGUGUUGUGCACUCCUGCGUAAGCUGCUUUCGCUGCCGUCCUCGUAAUCUAGAUCAGCUGAUGGGAGACUUGCCUCUUGAAAGAGUAACACCGUCACUGCCGUUCCUCAACAAAGGAGUAGAUCUCUGUGGACCGUUCCAGUACCGCAAAGCUAAGAAGACACCUCCAAUAAAAUGUUUCGUAGCCAUUUUCGUUUGCCUUGUCACCAAGGCAGUACACAUGGAGCUGGUCUAUGACCUCUCCACUUCAGCGUUCAAGGCAGCGCUGCAUCGGUUCAUUUCCCAAAGAGGAAAGCCAAGUCUCAUAGAGUGUGAUAACGCUACAAACUUCCGAGGAGCCGCAAAGGAAUUAAAGGAAUUGGGCAAACAGUUUCGUUCGCAACAGCACCAGGAUGGAAUAGUCCACCAAUGUGCGGACGAAGGCAUAAACUUCAAGUUCAUACCGCCUCGCAGUCCAAACUUCGGUGGUCUGUGGGAGGCGGCAGUUAAGUCCUUUAAGAAUCACUUCCGUCGAACCGUCGGAAACUCGGUCCUCUCUCAGGACGAAUUCGUCACUCUGCUAGCUCGCAUCGAAGCCUGCUUAAACUCGCGGCCGCUGACGCCGCUCUCUUCCGACCCGAACGACCUCGAAGUUCUCACUCCGGGACACUUCCUCGUUCACCGUCCGCUCACUUGCUUCCCCGAACCAGACCUCUCGGAUGUCCCACGAAAUCGAUUGGAUCGCUACCAGCAGAAUCAAGAACUUCUCCGGCGAAUCUGGAAACGGUGGGCAGCAGAUUACCUGUCUGGCCUCCAUCCACGAACCAAGUGGACACGCAUUCGAGACAACGUUAACAUUGGAACGAUGGUGCUUCUAAAGGAAGAUGGUCUUCCGCCUCUUAAGUGGAAGUACGGAAGGAUCUCGAACAUAGUUCGCGGAGACGAUGGCAACAUCCGGGUCGUAGACGUCCGGACAGCAGGCGGAGAAUAUCGGCGCGCAAUCGCCAAGAUUUGCGUACUCCCA